GGCUGUGUGGAGGGGUGGGAUCGGAGCAGCUCAGAGGGGAGGGCAGGGCUGUCCUGUGCUGGGCACUGCCAGUUCCAGGUGGUUCUGGGGUUGCUGGGGUGUCCCUCUGUGACAGAGCCGCGUUCCAGGGCUCUCUGUGACACAGGGGCCGUGCUGUGCCCAGAGGCCACUGUCACCUCUGGGAGGUUUUUGGGGCACAGAGCCCUGGGGUGCCACUGCCCAAGGGCACCUUUCUCAGGAGGCAGCAGCUGCCUGAGAACCUCUGCAGGAAAGCAUGCCAGAGACACCCAAGGAGGAGAAGAUGGAUUCCAAGCAGCCAGGGGCGGACCAUGGGCAGCCACAGAACAAGAAGCACUGCCCAAAUGCUCCUCCUGAGGCACGAGAGGCAGCAAAGGCACCAGCCCGGGGCAAGCAGGCGCCCUCAGCAGGGGCACAGAGCCAUGUCCCAGCCCUGCAGAGCCCCUGCUCUUCCCCAGGCCCCUCCUCUGCCCAGGGGGCAGCCCAGACGCUCAGCGGGCAGUGGUCAGUGCUGGCAGCGCCAGGGCCUGGGGAGGGGGCCUGGGCCAACAAGGAGGAAAAGAGGGAAGCCGGCCAUCCCCUUGAGCCGUGCCGAGGGGAAAGCCACGUGGAACAAGAGCUUUCCCAAGGGGAAGUCAACAGAAUCCCGAAGCCGUCCCAAGGGGAAGACAGCGGCAGCAAAACAUCGCUGCAUGAAAACUGGAGACGCGUCACAAUCCGGACUCUCUGGGUCAACCCCGAGUACCCGGAGCUCUUCUGGGACCCCUUCCAGGAGGAGGCGAUGGCAGCAACUCCUUCUGCCUCAGACGAGCAGGUGCCAGCAGCAGGGGCACAGAGGCCUUCCCCGGACAGCCCCUGCUGCUCUCCCUGCUCCUCACGGACUCAGCUGGCAGCCCAGGCCCUCAGCGAGCCGCAGGGUGUCCACAGGCGGCCCUCCACCCCCAGGCGGGCUCUGCGGGCUCUGUGCACCCUGCUCUGGUGCUCCUGCAUGGAGGUGUAGCUGCAGGAUUAGUGCCUGCUGCCGGGCUCUAAUUCAAAUCGCUUCACCUGGGAUGGUUCAGUUGGCAAUAAAUUAUUUUUUUUUUAUAUUUGCAAAGAGCUCUGGAGAAUCGCCACUGUCCCUCGUUACUGCACAGAGACUCAAAGCAGCCAACGCCUUUCCUGUAGGAGGACACGCCGAUAAAAGGUGCUCAUUUGCCAGCAGUGCUCAGCGAGCCACCUCGGGGCCCAGGGGGGUUCCAGCAGCACCAGAGAUUUGAAACUCAGUGGAUUCAUGGUCACUGUGGCCAAAACAGCCGCCAAUCGCCACCUCACCCUGAGAGCCUCUCUGGGAACACGUAGCCAAGCACAGAGGGCACCUCUCCACAUUAGCUCCCCGAGGCCCUCUGCUAAGAAGUUGUCAUCCAGGUGACUUGGGAAUCUCCUGGACCCGUCUUUUCCCAGUUAACAUCUGGGCAGUGGAAUUGCCCCACAAAGACAAGGGUGGUUGGGCUGGUGGUGUCCUGAGAGUCCUUAAAGAAUAACUCCAAUAUGCCAUGGCCUGGCUGGGUCCCACAAUGGCAAUGAACAGUAUCUUCUGACUGGUGUCAAAUCUGGGCACUUGAGGUGAAGAAAUAUCACUUUGAGAUAAAGGAGCUUGGAUGAAAUAUUCCCUGCUGACCUGGCAUAUGGGAGAUGGAAUCAACUUUGCUUUCAGUUCACUGUCGCUAGAAUAUCCAUGAUUUUUAACUCUCAGGUAUUAGAUUUACUCCAGGGGAAACAUCCCAGCUAAGGAAUCAGAUGGGGUUUCCUCUUCACAAGUCAGCACAGGCCAAGCUCAGCUGUGGAGAGGGAGCAUGGAACUGUGCCUGCCUGGGACCUUAAAAACCUGUCCAUCUGAUUUUCAGGGAAAAAAAAAAUCCCACCUUUUUUAUCUUUUAUACAUCACCCAAAACUGAUUUAGUUGAAAAACAGAAAAGGCAAGAAAUUUCCCAGGCAGGAUGGAUUAAAUGAUACAGAAUCU